AUGCCAGCUCCAUACGAAAAAGGUUCAGAGAAGAAAGGUGCUACUUUGUUCAAGACCAGAUGUCUGCAAUGUCACACUGUCGAGGCUGGUGGACCACACAAAGUUGGUCCUAACUUGCAUGGUGUCUUCGGAAGAAAGUCUGGUUUGGCUGAGGGAUACUCUUACACCGAUGCCAACAAGAGAAAGGGAGUUGAAUGGUCCGAGCAAACCAUGUCCGACUACUUGGAGAACCCAAAGAAGUACAUUCCAGGAACCAAGAUGGCUUUCGGUGGUCUAAAGAAGGCCAAGGACAGAAACGACUUGAUUACCUACUUGGCCAAGGCCACCAAAUAG